AUGAUUCCCAUCAAUUCCCUGUUGAACCACGAGAUCGAGCCUGAGGGGUCUCACCGUGUCUCUUCCUCACCGAAGCGGCCGAGGAUGGCCAAAGACGCCCCGGUCUUUCGCCCUGGUAAGAUCCAGGGCGAGUGUCGCUAUCCUCCCCAUGAGGAUCGGGAUGAAAAGCUGAAGAGCCUUCAUCAAGAGCUUAUGAUGAAGCCCAUAGGGUCCAUUGCCAAGUUCCCUCGUCAUAUUCCAUAUGCCAGUGACAAGAAGACCUUUCAAGAGAAGACUGGCCGUGAUAGCUUUCAUGUCUUUCAAUACACAUUCAAACUGCCCGACGAAGAGAAAGAGUGGGCUGUGAUGUGGGACUAUAACAUUGGCAUUGUCCGGAUCACGCAUUUCUUUAAAUGCAAUGGCUACUCCAAGGCAACCAAGAUGUUGAAUGUCAAUCCAGGUCUCCGCGAGAUCUGCCACAGCAUCACCGGCGGCGCGCUCUCUGCUCAAGGCUACUGGAUGCCAUUUGAUGCCGCCAAAGCCCUAGCAACAACCUUUUGUUGGAAGAUCCGUUAUGCCCUAACUCCGCUAUUCGGCAACGACUUCCCAGCCCUGUGCAUCUCCCCCAACGACCGAAAGAACUUUGGUCGUAUGAUACUCCCAACAGAGGUCAUUCGACGCGCCACAGAGACCGCAAUGUACUAUCGCUCUCUGGAAACACUCAAAACCGUCGUUCACCCGCUUUCGCCCCCAAACCGACAUCUUCCUUCCAUGACACAUCACCUCCUGCAUGGCCCGGAGAGAUUGGCCAAAGAUUUCGAGUCAGACGGGGAUGAGAGUAUUAGCCUACGACUCCCAUUGCCUAAGAUCCCCCGUCAUUGUUAUGCGGACAGUGUUGCUAGUGUCAGCAGUGCGAGGGGCUCUUCUGUCGAAGCAUACUGCACCUCACCGAAGAGCACUUCUUCUUUGUCCAGCUUCACACCUAUCAAUCCUCCUCGCUCCCAUGCUGAUUCCAACUUACAGCCUGAUAGAAUCAUUGGCGCAUUCGCUAAGGCGAUACGCCAGGACCAUGUCGCUGAGGGGGUUAGUGAGGAUAGUGAUACGGACAGUGAUGGAUCAUCAAACCUGUAUUCAACACCAAACUGUCCCUCGAUAGACGGAAUGAUGGACAUCGAAAAGCCUGAUGAAAUCAGUGGUAUGCCUUCCGACAUGGACACCAGACCGAGUGACUCUGAUGAUCUCACCGACUCAGAGGAGGAGUGGGUCGAGGAUGAUGCGGACGAUGAGGACUACUGUGCUCCAGUCGUCAAGAAAGAAGGUGGCAGUGCAUUCCUGAAUCCGAAGACUGGGUCUCGCUCUUCAAAGUUAAAGAAGAACCCGGGCCCUAAGUCUCGAGCUCUCCGUCCUCGCUCUUCGCCUCACUUCGCUCAUGAGGUCAAGGCUGCCGAAGCUUUGCUCCAUCUUCAUAAGACUGAGUUAGAGGCUAGCGAGCUUGAUACUGAGAUGGAGGAUGUUGACUCGUUUUCUAGCCUUCUUCCUCGGAAUGGGGGCAAUAACGACCGUAAGCGACGUCGCGCCUCUUAUUGA